AUGUCCAUCAUCCUGCCCGACUGGGUGGCUCAUCCCAGCGAUGACAAGAAGGGAAAGCUCUCCACGAUCUUCAGCGUUGCCGUCCAUCCCGACUCGAGUCGCCUCGCUACCGCUGGUCUCGACACCAAGAUCCGAAUCUGGUCUACCGCAACCAUCCUCAACCCAGAAGCAGAAAGAAACACAAACACACAUCGCCUCCUCUCCACCUUGUCAAGACAUACGGGGAGUGUGCUCGUGGUGCGAUGGGCCAACUCCGGUCGCUUCCUCGCUUCUGGCUCCGAUGACACCGUGGCGCUCGUAUGGGAUCUUGAUCCGAGCGGUAUGGGAGGAGGCAGCUUCGGAUCUAGCGAGGUCAACAUCGAAAGCUGGAGGCCGCAUCGUCGUCUAGCGGGUCACGAAUCGGACGUAGUGGACCUGGCGUGGGCGGACAACGACGAGUUCAUCGCCACAGUUGGCCUCGAUUCCAAGGUCAUCAUCUGGUCCGGCACCACCUUUGACCGGCUCCGCACCAUCGACGGUCAUCAAGGUUUCGUCAAAGGCGUCGUCUUCGACCCUUUAGGCCAGUACCUCGCAACAGCAUCCGACGACAAGACGGUCAAAGUAUGGCGCACAUCCGACUGGGGGCUCGAACGCUCCGUUACAGACCCUUUCCUCGCCAGUCCAUCGACCGCCUUCUUCCGUCGUCCAAGCUGGUCGCCGGACGGCAGCCUGCUGCUGUGCGCCAACGCCAUGAGCGGACCCGUGUUCGUCGCUAGCGUUGUCAAGAGGGCCAACUGGAGCAGCGACAUCUACUUUGUCGGCCACGAGAACGCCGUCGUGGUAACGGCGUUCAGUCCCAAGAUCUUCGUUGGGUUCGAUGGCGGCACACAUUCGUGCGUAGUCGCCUUGGGCUCGCUGGACCAGUCCGUAUCCAUCUGGGUCACUGGCCUCGAGCAGCCCGUUCUAGUGGCCAGAGACGUGUUCGAGCGCCAAGUCAUGGAUCUGUCGUGGUCCGCCGACGGCUACACGCUGUAUGCUUGCUCCUCGGAUGGUACCGUGGCUGUCUUCCACCUCUCCCCCGAACUCAUCUCCGACGCUCUCAGCGCAGACAGGCUCGAGCAAUCGCGUGCCAAGCAUGGCGUCAAGCGCAUACGAAACGCUGCCUCGACGUUCAACCCGGCAUCAAGCGUCGGAACCUCGGAUCGACCCAACGUCCUGCAGCCACGCAAGGCAGGUCAACAGCCAUCGGCAAGGGCAUCCGUAGCACCUGUACCCAUCGCAGGAUCCGUCGUCCCUGUUCGACUCGCAGCAUCUACUAAGGAGCGGCUUCAACAGACCAUCACCAUCACCAGGGACGGCAAGCGACGCAUCCGACCCACGCUCAUCGGCGAUGACAUGACGCCGCCACAGGCACCUGCUGCUCAGUACGCGCCGCAGCCAGUCGCCGCAUCAUCGCACACAUCGAUGCCUAUGAUCCAGAACCACCAGCUUCCAGCGAUGCGCGAGGCGAUUGGCGGAACCACGACCGACGGAUUCGGAGCUGGUUCAGGCGUCAACGGCGUCCAUUCAGGCUCGACGAAUGGCGUCUUGAGCGAAGCAGCAGCCGCAGCAGUGGCCGCUGCGCUGGCAGCACAGCGAUUGCACCCUCCUGCAGCGGCAACACCUUCGGCCGCCGCCUCGUCGAUGAUGCCGUACGUGCCUGUGGGCUUGCCAUUCGGGAUCAUGCCCGAAGGAGCCAGGCCGGAAGACAUGAUGCAAUUUUGGACCGAGUUCCAGCAGCGCUUCAUGCGAGGAACGAAGCGAAAGGCGGAAGAAGUAGAGCCGGGGAGCGACACCGAGGACAUCGAGCCCAUCGGCAAGCUGCAGAAGGGCAAGACCAAGGCCGACAUUGGCCGAACGCUCGGAGCGGAACAUCCUCGCGACCCAGCUGGUCCCAAGAAGGUUCUGAGAGAAGCUCUGACGGGCGUGAGCGGUAUCGUUGAGGAUGGCGUCCGCAAAGGUGUACAUCUAUCUGUGCCCGAGACGCCUAGCAUCUAUCGCCGCGACGAGGAUGGCAUUUCGAUAGAGAUUCGCAAUUUUGACGAGUCACGACCUACUGAGAUCGCGAGGCUCGAUCCCUCGGACAAGGACCGCGUAUUGUGGCUCGACUUCAGCCCAACGGCGGCGACGCUGGCCACGACCACGUCUUUCUUCUCAGCAAUUGCGCUGGAGGACUCGACGGUGCUGAUCUACUCGUCGCGGGGACGCAGGGUGGGCAAUCUGCUGCUCGACUCGGCAUGCUAUCGACUCGAGAGUAACGGAACAGUUCUGAUGGCGGUGACCGUCUCUGGACUCAUGUAUCGGUGGAACAUACGCGCCGACCGCGAGAUGCACCGGCCAGUGUCGAUGCUGAACUUGCUCGGCGAUCCCGAGAACCUGUCCUCGAUGGCGGUGCAUGCCAACGGUGCGCCCAUCGUCAUCCUACACAGCGAAAAGGCGUACACGUUCGACGACAAGAAGCUGGGCUGGGUGUGCAUCAGCGACGGAUGGUGGGCCGAACACUCGGAAGCCUGGGACGGCCGCACCCGCAGUCGUGGCAGCGAGGCAUCGAUCCGUGAUCCCGUGCGCGCGAUCGAAGCCGAGAUCAACACCAUGUACGUGCGUCGCGUACACGGGGACAACCAGGUGGGCGCACAAGAGGAGUCGGACGACGACGAGUCGCCGCCGGUCGAGAUGAGCGUGCCCGAGGACAAAAAGUCGGACUUUGUGAUCGCCGUCACGUUGCGUCACCUGGAAGCACGGAUGCUGGCAGCUACGAUCCUCGACAGCGCCAACGAGUACAAGAAUCAUCUCUUCACGUACGCCAAGCGCAUCGCAGAAGAAGGCAUCAAGAACCAGGCGGAAGAUCUCAUCAAGUCGCUGAUCGGGCCGAUCUACUACAAGCCUGAGAAGGACCAGGAUGCUGCGUGGCAACCAACGAUCCUUGGAUAUGACAAGCGUCAGCUUUGCAGUCAGGUGCUGCAAAUCAUGGCGAGGCCGCGCAACCUCACGUCGCUCGUGCAACCCUACCAGGAGAUUCUGUCCAACAUGAGAACCUGA